AUGUGCUUUCCCAAGUCUGGAGGCAAUGUCCUCGCCCGUUCAACGAGUGAAGACAGGAAAAAGAACAUGGAGAUCGAAAAGAUGAUUCGGAAAGACAAGAAAACGCAAGCAAGACAAGUCAAAAUCUUACUUCUGGGAGCUGGCGAGUCUGGAAAGUCAACAAUUUUGAAGCAAAUGCGGAUCAUAUACUCUGAAGGUUUUCGUCUGGAUGAGCGAAAGGAAGUGCGUCAAGUCAUAUUCUCAAACAUGAUAGUCGCAUUCAAGAUCAUUGCAGAAGAGAUGCGGGAGCUUGGCUUGGAGUAUAAGAAGGAAAAAUCACAGGAGUACGAGCGGAUCAUAGCGUCUGCCGCUGAUAUCGGUCCUGACGAUACGUUUCCAACGCAAUGCCAAAUGGCUAUGAAGGGCUUGUGGGAGGAUGAGGCUGUUCAAAAAUGCAUAAGACGUGGCAAUGAAUAUGCACUCCACGAUAAUAUACAAUACUAUUACUCCAACAUAGAUCGACUAUUCGCUAGAGACUACCUGCCGAGUGAUCAAGAUGUCCUACGCUCUCGUCUCCGCACAACUGGAAUUACUGAAACCCUCUUCGAACUUGGACAGCUCAAUUACCACAUGUUUGAUGUUGGAGGCCAGCGAUCGGAGCGUAAGAAGUGGGUCCACUGCUUCGAGGGAGUCCACUGUCUCAUGUUUGUCGCUGCGCUAAGCGGCUACGACCAAUGUCUGGUGGAAGACAAAACCGCCAACCAAAUGCAGGAAGCAUUGCUUCUCUUUGAGUCUAUAAUGAGCCUGACUUGGUUCAAGAGCUCCUCAAUCAUCCUUUUCCUCAACAAAACCGACCUAUUCAAGGAGAAGAUCGCUGAAAAACCCGUCAGCGACUACUUUCCGGAUUAUACAGGAGCGUCCAAUGACGACAAGGCCGCCUCUGAGUACUUUGCAAAUAAAUUCAAAGCUCUCAACCGCACAGAGGACCGGGAGAUAUACGUCCACUUCACCAAUGCCACAGACACCAAUCUGCUGAAAUUUACGAUGCAAAGUGUGCAGGAUACUAUAAUACAAAGCAACCUCACUACACUGAUCCUAUGA